AUGUCGGCCCCUCCCUACAACAAGCUCACGUACUACACGGCAGCAACGCCCAACGGACUGAAGCCAGCCAUCGUGCUCGAGGAACUCGGAGUGCCGUAUGAAGCACGGGCAAUUGACAUUCGGAAGAACGAACAGAAGGAGGAAUGGUUUCUUGCAAUCAACCCGAACGGCAGGAUCCCGGCGUUGAAGGAUGGUGACGACUUCCGCGUCUUCGAGUCAGGCGCCAUCAUGCUGUAUCUCACCGACAUGUACGACAAGGAGAAGAAGUUCACUUACCCGCAUGGCUCGCAAGACUACUACGAGAUGAUGAGUUGGUUGAUGUUCCAGAUGGGCGGCCUAGGCCCCAUGCAAGGUCAAGCCAACCAUUUCCGUGCCAUGGCACCGGUAUAUUCGGCCUACGGCAUCAAACGAUACCUGGACGAGACGAAACGACUGCUGGGGGUGCUCGAGAUCCGCCUGUCCAAAGCCGACUGGUUGGCGGGAGACAAGUACACGAUCGCCGACAUUGCCAGUUUCUCCUGGGCUCGCGGCGCUCCGCUCUUCCUCGACAUCGACAUAAGCGAGUUUCCCGGUGUCGAUAGGUGGUUGAAACGUAUUGAGGAGAGGCCCGCCGUGCAGCGAGCUAAGAAGGUCCCGGCGGGAGCGGCCAUGUCGGACGAGGACCUCAAGCAAUUGCUCCAGUCGAUGAAGGACAGAGUCGACGCACUGAAGGGCACGGAGAAGGAUGAGUCAAAGCCGUAG